UUCUCAAUGACUUAUGAGCAUUGCAUAUACAGACUUGACUCUUUCAGGGUCAUAAGUAGAUAAACAAGAAAUAAGCAGUCUUUGUAGAACAUUCAAAGUUACAACAAGUGAAGUAAAAAUGCCGCUUACGCUUUAUUUUGCUCAUGGAUCACCACCAAGUCGUGGAGUUUUGCUUCUUAUGAGAAAGAUGAAGCUAGAAUUUGACUUAAAAGUUAUUGAUUUAGGUGCUCAAGAGCACUUAAGUAAAGAGUUUUUAAAAUUAAAUCCACGCCAUCAAGUUCCAGUUUUAGUCGAUGAUGAUUUAAUUUUGACUGAAUCUAGAGCAAUUUUGGGCUAUCUUGUCAGUAAGUAUGAUAAAAAUUCAUCAUUAUAUCCAUCUGAUGCUGCAAAAAGAGCAAAAAUUGAUGAACGAUUAUAUUACGACGCUACUGUUGUCUUCCCUGCUGGUGCACAAAUUAUUGUCUCUGUAUUAUACGAGAGAGUCAAGAAGAUUCCAGAAAAGCAAAGAGAGAAUUUGAUCAACACGUUGAAUGUAUUGGAAAGUUUUCUCAAUCAAAACAGCUGGUUUGCCGGCAAUGCAUUGACCAUAGCUGAUAUUUCCAUUGUUCCGACAAUCACCACGAUUAAGGCACUUGGAUACGAUUUAACCAAACAUCCAAAACUCAAUGCAUGGUAUCAACACCUUGAAUCGUCGUUGCCAAAUUUUGAAGAGAAUGUAAAUGGCGCAAACAGCCUAGCAGAAAGAUUGUUCAGUAUAAUGGAUGAUAAAUUGUGAGACACAUCUGUUAGAUCAAUCAAAACGCUUUUAUCAGUAUAUUUUGACUUAAUACCCAUCAUUUGUCAGAUAAGGUAAUGAAUGUCAAAGCAGUGGUGUCGAAAAGAAGAAAGAAUCAAUAAAUGUAGCUGUUUUGAGCAAAAAGUGACUGUCUUAAGAUUUUUUCAGCC